AUUAGUUAGUAGCAAUUAUAACACAAGGUGAAACUCUCCUAAUUAACAAAACGUUUCAUGGGGAAGAGUAGUGGAGGGAGUUCGUGGUUAGGCUUAAUGAAGAAGGCUUUUAGAUCCCCUGUCAAAGAUAAUGAUAUGAGAAGCAGUAGAAGAAGAGAAGAGGCUGAGCAAGAGGAAGAAGAAGAAAAGAAGAGGGGAAAACGGCGAUGGAUCUUCCGACCGAAGCCUACGCUUCAUGAAACAACAAUUCAUCAAAAUCAAGAAGAAAACACUGCCAAUACCUCUUCGACCAACACUGCCAACACCUCUUCGAGCAUAAGUACAGGAAAUUCAUUGCCAGAGAAUGCUGAUUUGAAGCAAAGACGAGCAAUUGCAAUAGCCGUGGCUACUACAGCGGCUGCUGAGGCAGCAGCACAAGCGGCUGUGGACAUAAUUCGGCUCACAAGACCAACACUUUUAGUUAGAGAACAGCGUGCCAUUCUUAACAUUCAGACAGCAUUCAGAGGGUACUUGGCAAGGAAAGCACUUCGAGCUCUCAAGGGAUUGGUAAAGUUGCAAGCUUUAAUAAGAGGACACAAUGUCCGAAAGCGAGCAAAAAUGACUCUCCAGUGCAUACAAUCUCUUGUUCGAGUGCAAACUCAGGUGUGUGAUCAACGUAGAAGGUUAUCCUGUGAAGGAAUUAGUUGUGGUUCCACUUUCAGAGAGGCAAAAAGCAUUCUGGAGCUUCAUCUCAGUGACACUUCUAAAAAUCAAGUUAGCACUGUGGACGACAGAUACGAUCAUUCACAUGCUAUAGAGAAAGUUGAAGCUUUGUUGCAGAAAGAAAAGGAAGCUGCUAAACAGCGCGAAAAUACUCUGGCUUUUGCCUUCUCUCAGAAGAUGUGGACAGCGAAUAAAGAUGAAGACACAAGUAGCAACAAAGAGCUUGACGAGGAUAUGAGAGUUUUCCACAAGACAGACGUGAGAAAUUGCAGAACUCUCAGCAGAGCUUCAUGUGAUCAGCCAAGGGACCGCAUGAAGAAUAUUGAAGUUGACACAACUUGCUCUUAUUCUGACUCAGAUUCUGAUUUUUGGAGAUUGCAAAAUCAGUUUUAUCAGGACCAACAACAGAAGUUGUGUUCAUAUGCGGUCCCCGCUCCUCUCCGUAGAGUACAACAAAAUUUACCGAUACAUUCAUCCAUCACACCAACAUCUAAGAUGAAAAAUAUCCAAGUUCAUUCAGCGAGCCCCCGCUGCAGAAGGGAAGAGAGGAGCCACCGGAUGACUCUUUUCUCCCAUAGAGCGAAUGAGCCAAAUUACAUGGCAGCUACUGCAUCAGCCAAGGCCAGAGAACGGUCACAGAGUGCUCCAAGGCGGAUGCCUUUAACUCCAGAGAGAGAAAAAACUAGUGCAGCAAAAAAACGCCUAUCUUUCCCUGUUCAGGGAACAUCAAAUGAGAUUGUUAAUAGUGACCAACCUUUAGAUCAUAGAUUUGUGAGCGCCCUAGAUGGAAGAGUGUACCUAUAGAACCAUUUGGCAUCGAUCAUUAGUCCAAUAGGCAUUCUAACUGCAGGCACCCUCCAUUAUGAGAAUUCCCAUCUUCUCUAAAUCUUUUCAUUUUCAAAAUAACGGUGGUGUCCGGCUUGUUUGCCCGCGCCUCCACUAUUACAUGUAACUAUCACUACCUAAUCUAGUGUAUAAUGUUUUAAGAAUUUCCAUCUUCUACUUGUCAUGUAAAAAGAUGGUCAACAUAAGUUAUGGAACUGAAUGAUAGGUAAAUUAGAUUAACCUGCUUCUAAACACAAGGAUUGGAGACUUUUGUACACAUAUAUCUAUGCCCUAAAUGAUCUAA